AUGGCGGAGCACGAGGAAUUACCGCGGGAAAAUGGAGAACAGGAGGAGAACAUCACGAUGGUCGACUUUCUAGCCGAAGAGGAAAAACUUGAAGCUGACGCCAAAGCCGUAUUGGGAGGAAGUGAUGCCAAAAACUGUACCUAUCCUAAGGGAUACCUUUCUCGUCAAGCUUUGUAUGCUUGUUCAACAUGUACCCCAGAUUCAGAGAAGCCAGCUGGGGUCUGCCUUGCUUGUAGCUAUGAAUGCCAUGAAGGUCAUGAACUUUUUGAACUCUACACGAAAAGAAACUUUCGCUGUGACUGUGGCAACAAGAAAUUUCCCACUCGCUGUAAACUCUUCAGUGAUAAAGCUGACUACAAUGAAGAAAACAAAUACAAUCACAAUUUCAGCGGCAGAUAUUGUACAUGUAACAGACCGUAUCCAGAUCCUGAUGAUGAUGUUGAAGAUGAAAUGUUCCAAUGUGUGAUUUGUGAAGACUGGUUGCAUGAAAGGCAUUUGAACCUUGUUCUUCCUGACCGUGAUGUUAGUAUUGAAAUUGUGUGCAGUGCCUGUAUGAAAGCUUGCCCAUUCCUUUGGAGCUACCAACUAAUGGACACAGUUGUUAAAAUGGAAAAGAGUGAAGAUACAAAAGUUGAUGUGGAAUCGGUGGACUCCAAAAAGGAACCAACUGCUGACAGUACUACUGCAGUAAAACCUGAAACACAAGAAAAGGCCCUGGUCUCAAACACUGACCCAAAGAUUAAAGAAGAAAAACCUGAUGUUAAGGCAGGGACCUCAAAUGGUGUUAAAACUGAACAAAGUGAAAAUAUUUCCCCCCAUGAAAGCUCAGCUGAUGAAAAUGAAUGCUUGUCUAAAGAAUCUACCAGCAAGAAAAAUGAAUGCUUCUACAAGGAAUUACAGCAAAGGGAAGUAACUUCUAAAGACCAGUCCACUUAUUGGAUGGAAGGAUGGAGAGACAAGCUGUGUACAUGUGAUAAUUGCCUGGAGAUGUACAAAAAACAUGGUGUAAGCUUUUUAACUGACCAGAAGGACUUGAUCAGUGAAUAUGAAGCCCAGGGACAAGGAGUCAGCACAGACACCCCUACUGGUCUAGAAGCAUUGUCCAGGAUGAACCGGGUUCAACAGAUAGAAGUCAUCCAUGGUUACAAUGAUUUAAAGUCAGAACUGACUGAUUACCUCAAGAAAUUUGCUGAUUCUAAUAAGGUUGUUCGUGAGGAAGACAUCAGAGAAUUCUUCACAGGCAUGGAAGCCCGUAAGCGCCAAAGAACCAAUGGAGUCCCAUCACAUUUCUGCAAAUAA